GGGGCACCAGCAGCACUGUGCAGUUAUCUGACAAACUUUGAUGACUUCUUAGACGAACAGCAGCUACACGCGUUUCACCUGGGGGUGGGAAAAAAAUAUAUGUUCACAUUUCGCAUUCGAUAGUAAAGAGGCUACCGUAAAAAUUUGAAUUAUCAUAAUGGAGGAUGUAAGGACUUUCCUUCACUUCGGAGUUUUACUCUCAUCGGUACUAUUCACAAUUGGAGCAGCUGGUGAAGAUGAUUUCCCUGAGGCAAUGGAUGUUCAGUGGGUGUCCAAUAACUUCAAGACUAUUCUAACAUGGGGCCCUGAGCCUACCAACUACACAUACACUGUUGAAUUUUCUAGGGUUGGUAAGGACAGACAAAGAAACCCUCACUGCAUCCGGAGCUCGAGGACAGAGUGUGACCUCACCAACGAGCUGCGGAACCUGCAGGAGACCUACUCUGCCGACAUCCUAUCAGAACCCCUACCCGGUGUUACCUCUGACCUUGUGGAGUUCCCCUACACCCGAGCCGAGAGGUUCAGCCCUUACAAACACACUAAAAUAGGAGGACCCGCUUUCAAGAUUGUGCAGAGCGAAGACAAGACCAAGAUGACGCUCCACAUCCAGGACCCUCUCACUCCCCUCUACAAAAAUGACCAGCUGUUAACGAUCAGAGACAUCUUCAAGAGUGACCUGAAAUACAGAGUCAUAUACAACAAAGCUGGGAGCACAGGAAAGAAAGAGAAGAUGUCAGACCUGAGAGAUGUCGAGCUGACCAAUCUGGAUAAAGGACAGAGCUACUGCGUCAUAGUGGCAGCCUAUAUCCCCUCUCGUUCUGCACAGAAGAGACUGGGAGAUUGGAGCAAGGCGCAGUGCUCACCCAGAGAGAACAAGACCAUCUUUGAGGAAUUCAGCUUUGGUGUGAUCUCGGGUGCCAUUGGCAUCAUGCUGGCUAUAUUCAUCAUCCUCAUCACUCUCACUGUGGUGUGUUGCAAACGCUGCUGCUGCAAAAAGACGAAAACUGUGGACAAGGAUAACCUGCAGAUGAGUCCAGUGUAAAAGGUGUGUGUGUGAUGGUGCUACUUGACCAACCCUUUGAGGGAGGAAGCUGUGCUCCCAAUAAUCUAGCACAAAUACGUCAAAACACUGGAAAAUGUGAAAUGUUAGUGUUGUCUUUUUAAAUGUCAUUAUGAGCUGGUUCUUUUAAAUGGCUAGAUAUAUUUUUUUACAUUACUUAUUUAUAUGUUGAACAAGUACAUUUGAUUAAUUGUUGAGAAAUACAUGUUAUAUUUGCCACUAUGUAUAUAAGAAAAAUGUAAUCGUAUUUAUUUCAAUCAAUGUUUUAUGUUAAAUGUGUAUUGGUGCAUGUCUCUAAGAAUUAUUGCCUUAUAUGUUGAUGAUGUGUAGUUCAUGUUGACUAGGAUUCGUCCAUGUGCUGUUGAAACAUGGCUUUGGUACUUUUGGAUGAGAGGAAGGUUAGUAGGAAAAGUAUUACUUGUGAUGACUUUUGUGAAUUCUAGUACUUUUUACAAUUAAAUUCAGAUUUAUUCAA